UCUGUAACCGAUUCAGUUAUAGAUUAUAGCCCAGCAGCAUCAGACGCUGGUUAUGAAUGGAUAACUGCCUCUCGGACGCUUCCCCGCCUCGCUCAGAUGUUGAGAGCUCCGGGGAGACCGCUGGCACCUCAGUCUAUGAUGGGACUGUUUUCAUCCAAAAUGUCCGCCAACGCACAAAAGAAGCACAAAUGCAAGGUUUGCAACAAGCGCUUCACAUGCCCAAGUUCCUUGCAGACACAUAUACGGCCACACGGGCGUAAGGCCUUUUGCAUGCGAUGUUGAGGGUUGUGGACGACACUUCUCGGUUGUUCCAACUUGCGCCGACACAAGAAUGUGCACAGGGACGAGACG